UCCUACAUUCUUAAUGUUAAAAUGCCUCCCGAGGCAUAUAUAAAUAGCUAUACCCGCUGGAAGAUAGGUCAAUUUCUUCUGAAGUGUUGUUAAAAAAAAAUGAAUGUGUCCCCCUUACCUAUGUGGAAGUGAUGAAGAGGGAGAAAUUUAGAAAGUCCCAUUAAAUCUCUAGAAAUAAACUCUGUAAGGGUUUUCUUUUGAAAGGGCUAAGGCAGAAAUUGUGCUUGCAUUCUCAUUCUCUACUAUUUUUCCAAGACGCCGAAGAAAGAGAACAAAAAUAAUGGAAAUGUCUAAUUUCAAGAUGACAAGAUGUUUUCUACAUACUGUUGAACACCAAACUGGCUUCAUCUGAAAUCCUCUAUCGUAUAUUUUGUCUUGUGGUUCUGUAUCCUUAGUUCUGGGGUAGGGGUGUUUGCAAAAAGGGGGGGGGGGCACCGGGAAUUUGAAAACACAGUAGUGGAAUAUAUUUUAUUAUUUACAAAGCACCUUCAACAUACAUUUUGUUUUUAAGUCUUACAACACCCCGGCGAACUGGGCGAGCUCCUGGAGCAGUGUACUCCCGUUUUAGAGAUGGGCACACCACGACCUCUGGGAGCUGACUAAGUCCCUAAGGGACAGAGCCCUCCCUGCAGGAUCCAAAACCGGUGUUCCGGACGGUGCCGGGCAGCAGCUGCUGGGGGCUGCAGGUAGAACACAGAGGAGGCAUUCUCUGAGCCCGGCAUAUCAUGAGGGUGUCUCUGUGACGACUCUCCACCCCACGCCUUCUAGGUAAGAAGCAGAGGUCAUAGCCGCGUCCUGAAGCAUGCAGCCUUUGGAAGUGGAGCCGGAGCCCCUCGAAGACGCUGCGGCUACUUCUCCCGCAGCUGCCGCUGUCGCUGCUGCCGCCCCUGUUGCACCGCCGCGGCCUUGCAUCCAUCCGAGAUGCGGCUCGAAGCACAAAAGAGCGGGCUUCGGGCGGGGGCCCAGCCUGGCCACGUCGUUCAAGAGUGAGGUGCAGGCCGUUUCCAAAAGCGCCUCGGAAUGUGGGCCAGGCGCCCUGCCGGGCAGGACCUUUCUGCCCCCGCAGGAGAACGGAGAAGGGAGUGAGCGUGGGGAGCAGGGCUGCCCCAGUACUCUCCGAACUCGCGAGGCCAACUCGAGAAAGGGGCGGUUGAACGUUCUGAUCCCUUUAUCCCCACCAAUAGGGAAAUGGUACUGGGAUCAUGAGACCAACACUCUUAAAUUAAAAAGAUUAUCUCAGUUCUCCCUGUCUGAAAGUAAAAGUGGACCUUCUUCCAUUCACUUGUUAAAAAAAAUUCUUCCUAUGCCUGCAUCAGAAACCAAAGAGAAACUCAAGAAGGGCAAAUCAGUUCACUUUGUUGAAAAUGAUGGCUCUGCCUCAGAAAGGUUGUCUGAGAAGAGAUUUUCUAAAAGAGAUGAGAAAUCAACCAAAGGAAUUGAUAAAAAGUCAAAGAAUGACAAGGUUACUCUGGAUGAUGCUAAAUAUGUUGCCUUGUUUUUAUUACAAGAUACUGAAAUGCAGCAUAUCUAUUCUUUUACAGCAUUCAUGAGGAAUAAGAAUCUUGACGAGUUCCUCAUGGCACUGUUAUACUACUUAUCUCAUUAUCUGGAAAAACUUUCACUGGAAAAGAAGCCCAAAAGCUACAUGGCGAGCCAUAUAGAGAAAAAAGAGAUGAAGUUAGUUAUUGAGAGGUUACAAGAGUCACAGAAAUACCUUGCCCAGAAAUAUUGUACCCUUGUUUUAGGUUUGGGUAUGCCUGACAAGCAUCACAUGGCCUGUGGAAAGGAAAAGGUUUCAGAUACACAAAAAGACUGGAAGUUCUUUGAGGCCUUCUUCACCUUCUGUACGUAUGUAGCUUGGGUAGUAUUCCGACGUGAGUACCUAAGAGAGAUUGAUGAAGAAAUAGGUAGGCUGUUUCGUACUAAUAUGUUCAAUAGUGCAAGAAGGAGGAGGGAGGAAGAAGAAGUUGGUGAGGGAAAGAGAAGAAUGACUUUUGUGCAGUUCAGGAGGAUGAUGGCCAAACGUCCAGCAAUAAAAACAACUAUUCAUAUGCGCUCUCCAGCCUUAUCUACUCUUUUGCCUUCCCCUAAAGAGCAUGCUCAGCAUCUCUUUGAGAAGACCCGUAGUAGCCGUACAGGUGUCCCAUUUAAACCAUCCAACAAAAGAGAAUUGAUCAGCAGUGCCUCAGUUGCCAUGCCAGUAGUUGGCAUCUUAGGGGAGCCUCGAAUCCUGUUCAACACCUCUACCCUCCUCCCCAGUGAACAAGAACAGAAGCCAGAGCCCACGAAGAGAAAUGCUUCCCUGAUAAUUGAAAAUAAUGCCAAGGUUCAAGAGACGUUAGAGUUAGCUAUGAAAGCGCUAGGUCCUCUAGGAGUACUGAUUAAAUAACUACUGUUCCUUUCUAUAAUUCAGUUCCAAUAGAAGUAAACUAUUUUGAUAACUUCAAGCAUGUGAUUCUGAUGUUGUCUCCUUAUUUUUGUAAUCAGAUUAAAAAAAAUUUUUUUCAAACCUCACUAGAUGUCCCAGGAACUACCAUGGUGCUUAUAAGAGCACGCCAGAGAAGCGCCAGAGAAAGAAAGCAAAUUUUUGACUGGAGGAACUAGGGGAAAAUUUCAGAGGGCAAUUGAGAUGGGCUUAUUUAAUCCUAUCUUUCAAAAAUUUCAUUAGCUAUUUAUUGACUUUCAUAAUUAUUUUGUGAUUGUGUAGAGCAGAAGCGGGGAACCUGUGACCUCCAGGCCACUGGUGACCCUCUAGCUCCUCAAGUGCGGCCCGUUGACUGAAUCCAAACUUCACAGAACAAAUCCCCUUAAUAAAAGAACUUUUUCUGUAAAACUU